AUGAAUUACCAAAUGGUUAUUCAAAUAAUAAAAAAUAGUUAUAAAAUUAUAGAAAAAUUAAAAGUUUCAGAUGUAGAUUACCAAUUUAAAUUGUAUAAGCAGGUUAAAAUAAUUGAUUCAACUUUCUAUGAAAUGUUAAUCUCUAAUUUCACUAUAAAAAAGGAAAUAAUAAAUGAUUCAAUUAAUUUAAUAAUAAGUGAAUCAAUUAAAAUAGAACCUAAAAAUAUAUCACUUUUUAUUUAUCAUAAAAUGCUGAAAACAUAUUAUCAAUAUUUAAAUGAAACUGAUAAUAAUAAUAAUAAUAAUAAUAUUAAUAAUAAUAAUUACAUAUAUAGUUUAAUUAUAAUUGAAUCAUUUUUAAAUCAUCUGAAUAAUAUUUUAUCAUCAUCAUCUUCUUCCUCUUCAAAAUCUAUAUUAUCCUAUUACCAUUUCUAUUCAAUUAUAAAUAAAUUAUUACAAAUAUUAAAUGUAACGACAACAACAACCACCAUAACUGUACCCAAUGAUACAACACCAAUAUCAGUUCAUAAAUAUGAAAUUAUUAAUAUUUUAAAUAAUAAUAUUGACUCAAUAAAUAAACUAAUUAAGGAAUGUUUAAAUAAUGAAUUUUAUAAUAAUAAUAAUAAUAUUGAAAACACAGACAAUUUUUUUAUUGAAAUAUUUGAAAUGAUUGAAAAUGAAAAUAAUUUAUUUAAACAAAAGCAAAAUGAAAUAUUAAUUUUAAAUACAUUUUUAAAUAAUUUAAUAUUACUAGUUUCUUCAAAUGAAAUUUUAAUUAAAAUAAUUAAUUUUGAUAAUGAUUUAAUUAAUAAUUUAGAAGAUCAAUUAAAUAUACCAAUCUUAUUCAUAGAUUCAAAAAGUGGUACUUCAAUAUUAUUAUCUAAAAUAUAUAAAAUUUUAUUACAACUUUUAAAUCUAUUAUUAGAAUUUGAUAUUAAUAAUAAUUUAUUCAAUUUAAUUGAACAAUCUUUUUUUAAAAAUAAUAAUAAUAACAAUAACAAUAACAAUAACAAUAAUAAUGAUAAAAAUAAUAUAAAUCAAGAAAUUAUCAAUAAAUUAGGUUAUAUAUUUUUUAAUCAAGAUGAUAUUGCUAUUGAUAUUAUUGUAUUUUAUUUUUUUAUAAAAAAUAUUUGUCACUAUGAUCAUUUAUUAAUAAUUGAUAUGUUGAUUUCAAAUGAAACUAAAUUUUUAAAUUAUUUUUUAAAAUAUCUAAAAUUUGGUGGAGGUGGUAGUGGUAGUGGUAGUGGUAGUGGCGGUGGGAAGACAAGUAAUACCCAAUUAUUGGGUGGUGGUGGUGGCUAUAAUGAAGAAAAUGACGAAAAUAAGAUUAGGUUCAAAGAAUGCUUGUCGGCAUUAAGAAAUUCGAUAAUGAUUUCUAUGAGUAAUGAUAGUUUUCCUUAUAACCCAAGAUUAUUGUUAUCAAGAUUAGAAUUACUUAUCAAAAAUCAAUGA